AUGGUCAGGUCUCAAUCUGGGGAAGCUAGACAAUUCGGGCCAAGGUGGGUCUCGGCAACUUGUCUUGCGGGCGAAAUUGUCGAGUCCGACGGCAGAUUCAAGGCACCAAGCAUCCGAUGCACUCUAGUUCGCGUAGUCUGCAUUGAAGAAAGGCAAAGUCAACGGAAAUUCGAGGAGCUAAAUCUUCGCGGCUCCGAUAGCCCCGGUGCCGGUAGCCCCGGUGAUGCUCAUUGGUUGACACGCCGUGCUAGUCUCCGUUGUCACCUCCGCAAAAACCACCCCACACUCUCCGGCACCGAUACCCCCGGCGCUGAUGGGAGGGGAUUCACCCCAAUGCGAUGGGGUGAGGUCAUUUUGGAGGGGUAG